AUGGCAUCCUUGGGAAAGCGAAUUGUCUUUACAGGUGGCUCAGGCAAGGCUGGUCGACACGUCAUUCCUGAGCUGAUCAAGGGCGGCUACGAGGUUCUGAACUUGGAUCUGACAGAUUUUCCAAUCGAGGAUGCUGGCGUGUUCACUCUGAAGACUGAUCUAAGUAAAAGCGGACAAGUGUUCAAUGCACUGACAACCCACUUCAAUUUCGCCGAUUAUGAGGGACCCAAUGUCCCUGGUCCUCCCGAUGCAGUCAUCCACUUCGCAGCGUACGCACGCAACAUGCUCGUCCCUGAUAACGAAUGUUAUGCCGCCAACGUCCAAUCAACUUAUAAUGUUAUCGAGGCCGCAUGCAAGCUUGGUGUUCGCAAGAUCAUAAUAGCCAGUAGUGAAACCACAUAUGAGGUAUGCUUCGGUCAAGGUGAUCUAGACUACUCAUCCUUUCCACUGGACGAGGACAGCGACGUGAACCCCAUGGAUUCAUACGCCAUCUCCAAACUCUGCGGUGAACGCGUAGCUCGUGGAUUCGCCCGCCGUUUCGACGCGGAUAUCUAUGCACUUCGCAUCGGCAACGUCAUUGAGCCUCACGAGUAUGCGCGCGACUUUCCUGCCUACAUCAACAAGCCCGAGAUUCGCAAGCGCAACGCAUGGAGCUAUAUCGACGCCAGGGAUCUAGGACAGAUCUGUGAUCUCUGUGUGAAGAAGGAUGGACUGGGCUUCCAGGUGUUUAAUGCGACCAAUGAUACUAUCACGGCGACAUUUCCGACCAGGCAAUUUUUAGAGCAGUUUGCGCCCAACACGCCCAUUACGAGGGAGAUGGGAGAGUGGGAAGCGCCGUUGAGCAAUAGGAAAAUCAAAGAGGUAUUGGGCUUCAAGGAACAGCAUGACUGGAGGAAGUACUACAACCCUCACAAUUAG